CCUCAUUGGAAAGAGUGAACGAGUUUGGUGUUAAAUAGACCUUUCUGCCAGUAAUUCUGUGUCUUCUGCACAAUGUCUUUCCUGUGGCUGCUUUCCUGUGUUGCCUUCUUUAGUGCAGCCUACGGCUGUGGCGUUCCUGCCGUUCCUCCUGUUGUCAGUGGCUAUGCCCGUAUUGUGAACGGUGAGGAGGCAGUGCCUCACUCCUGGCCCUGGCAGGUCUCUCUGCAGGACUUCACUGGCUUCCACUUCUGCGGUGGCUCUCUGAUCAAUGAGUACUGGGUUGUGACCGCUGCUCACUGCAGUGUCAGAACUAGUCACCGUGUGAUUCUGGGAGAGCAUAACAAAGGAAGCGGCAACACCGAGGAGGACACGCAGACUAUGAAAGUAUCAAAAGUAUUCACCCAUCCUCAGUGGAACUCUAACACCAUAGAGAACGACAUUGCCUUGAUCAAGCUGACCGAACCCGCCUCCCUGAAUGCCCAUGUGUCCCCUGUUUGUCUUGCUGAGACUUCAGAUGAAUUUGCUCCUGGCAUGACCUGUGUAACAUCUGGCUGGGGAGUGACCAGAUACAAUGCUCUGUUCACCCCUAAUGAGCUUCAGCAGGUUGCUUUGCCUCUGUUGUCCAACGAGGGCUGUAAGAGCUACUGGGGAAGCAACAUCCGUGAUUCAAUGAUUUGUGCGGGUGCUGCUGGUGCCUCCUCCUGCAUGGGUGACUCGGGUGGUCCCCUGGUGUGUCAGAAGAGUAACGUCUGGACUCUGGUGGGUAUCGUGUCCUGGGGAAGCAGCCGUUGUGACACCAGCAUUCCUGGCGUGUAUGGCCGCGUCACCGAGCUCCGCGACUGGGUGGAUCAGAUUCUGGCUUCCAACUAAAGAAACAAUAUGUAUAGAUAUUACUUGACAUCACAGAAGAUCGUCCAUUUGAGACUGUGAACAGCGGUGAUUUUAUCACAUUGUUAAAACCAUCUUAAUUGUGGUAAAGCCACAGCUAUGAGAAGCUUAUUACUAUUAUAGAAGGUCUGCAACGGUUCAAUAAAUAUAUACAACAGGCA